AUGAGUUACUGUAAAACCUGUAAAAUAUCAUAUUAUUCAUGUCGUUAUGAAAAAGAAGCUGUGAAAUUAAAAUAUGUGACAGCAACAUCAAUCAAGAAUUCGAAAUAUAUAUGUCUUGGUGGAAAGAUCGUUUUUCAUCAAAUAUUGUUUGAAACUUUUACGUCUCAACUGAUACUCGCUCAUUCAUCGUUUGAAGGUUUUUGUGCUGCCUAUAAUCGUACUAUUGCUAUGACAAAAUUACCAGAACAAGUUCAGCAACAACCGAAAAUGGACCAAAAAUUGUUUCAAAACCGUUGGUUCACAUAUGAACUGGCGAACGUGAACAAUAUUUAA